AUGACAGAGCACCUGGGAGGUCAACUAUCAUCCAAGAGGAACUUUCCAUGGAAGACGUUUCCAGCGGAGCUCAUUCGUCUUGGGAUGGUCAUCAAGGGAUAUCCAGAGGAUGUGUUGCUCCCCGGCGAAUUUCAUACCACUGCAAACAAAGGAAUAGCUAAUUUGACUCUGAAGGAGACCAGGAUCUUUGUUGCGGCCUUGAAGGCAGGUACUAUGCGGAUCAAGAAAGUUUCUGAAGCAUCGCACACUUCUCCAACCCCUCUCCCUGACGAUCAUGACUCUGGUGACAACGAUUCAGAUACAAAUCCCUCUACUGUCCGCCCCAUUCUUAAACCUCCUCCCUCACGCGAAUUCAAGGUAGUGAGACCCCCAAAGAGCCAGAAGAAGGACGAGAAGAAGAUAAUCAAGAAAAAUUUGAAGGAGGUCGUAUCUCCUAUGUCCAGCAAUCUCAGCAAUCCUCGCUCUGACUCUGAGCAGCCUGAUGAUGAUGACGGAGUCAAGAAUGACUCUGACUAUGAAAACGACUCUGCCCCAUCUAAGAAGCGAAAGGCGAAGUCAGAGGUCACUUCGCGAGCAUCGAAGAAGAGGACUCCACCUUCCGAAGCCUCUUUGCCAAAGAUAGGACAUUCAAAGAGCAUGAAGGGGAAAGGCAAGGUACACGCUGAGAAGAGGAAACAACCAUUCGCUAUCGAGUCCUCGGAUGAGGAGGAGGCUCCAGACAUGCCUGUGCGAGUAAUACAAACCGCUAAACGCUUGCAUGAUGGCCCCACAGCUCAAGAGGUCCCAAAGGCCAGCAUGGGACCGAAUGACGCCGAUGCCACUGCCAGAGGCUCUGUAGAGGCACCCGUGAGGACCAAGCCUGCUGCUGCUGCUGGUCAAAGCACCACUGUCAGGGUCACUAGAGAGGCACCCGCAGGCAACACUGGCCAUGCCGAUAGUGUGCCUGCGCACUCAUUGCCACCUUCGUCCCCUUCGCAAAAUCAUCAGCAAGCACAUUCCCUCCCAGAAAAUUCUAUUCAUACCAACACUGCUACUCUGGCGAUGAAGCAAGGCAACAACGCUGUCCGGAUAGAGCCUGCUACUCAUGUGGCCAGCAACACCUCGUGCACAGACCCCGUCCAUGCAGAUCCUACAACUCGUGCAGCAAGCCAGGACAACACCAUGCUUGCAGACCCCAUCCGCACAGACCGUCCUCCAUCUCUGCAGCCUGACCUCCUGCCAACUUUAGCAGCUCAUCACAGGCGCAGUGAACCUGCAAUGGAAGUGCCGCGAUCACAUCAUGAACGGCGUACUGAGCCUGAGCUGCCAGCCACGUCUACUGAUGGAGAUUUCAAUGCUGAGAAUCAUACCAUGAUGCGGGUGCAUGAUCCAGAGGUCAGACCAAUGUAUGACCCAUGCCAAAGAGGUCCAAUACUGCCGCGCUAUGGACCAGGCUUCACUCAGUACCCCCAGUCCGACUAUUACCAUGAUCCUCGUACUAUGCCUCAUGCUCCACAGCUCCCUCAUGCCCCUCAGCCUCGUUCUCAUCAGCCCUCUCAUGCCCCGCUGUAG